AUGUACACCAGCACCACCGCCAUCGGAAAAUGCCGGCUGGAUACGGUAGGGCAUCUGAAGCCGUGCGACAACAGACAUGCUCCGAUUCGUCUCUAUCGGAGCUACGGCGAAUGGUUUGAAGCUGGCCUCCAGGCUCCGGUGCCCAAUGUUACCAUGAUGACAACCUCGUCUAGAUUUUGGCCUUAUGGCCAAGAUGUGACAAAGCUGCACGCGACUUCCGACAAGCGGGAGCAGUACCAGCUCGACGACCGAACGGUCACCAGCAUAAGGCCCUACGUUCCCGCCAGGGAGGGGUCGCUUCCAGAUUUGCGGGCAUACCGCGCAGGUGGAUCUCAUGCGGCACAUAUCCCCAACCAUCAAGUCCUGCAGCAUCUCAAUAGAGAGAAGCUGGCACGGAAGAAGGUCACACUGGCGUACUACGGCCGGAAGGGAGGCGCUGAGAUUCUCGCGCCCAAAGUUCCUCCAGCCCCUACGGUGGAGGAUGUCAGCAAGGUCAUGUUCGACAGACUCUACCGGGCAGGUUCGCUGCCUGCCUUGAGCGGGGCCAAAGCGCUUACGCCAGAUGACGGCAACCUGCGGAGCUCAAGGCCUUGCAGUCGAUCCCGGUAUCCGAAGACUCCCCUGCAGUCUUCGGGCAACAUGCUGUUGCCGCCAGGAGCCGGACCACCAGGGAGCAGAGCCAGCUCCAGCCAUGGAAGGAGAAGUGGCACUCGGCUCAGGUCCAGCGGUGGGCGUAGCCAGCGCAGCCAAGAAGAGGGAUUGCUGUUCUUCAACGAUCAGCAUCGGGAAAAGACUCCCUCCCUGCGUAGCUCGUACUCGCAGUUAAGCACAUCGUCUUCUUUGUGGCUGGAGGUGGAAAAAGCAGUGCAGGAGGAAGUGGCCAAGGUCGUGAAGCCGCUGCAGCAGCAGCUCCACACUGAGGAGGAGGCUCGGAAGCGUGCCGAGGAAGCGCUGAG